AUUACAGUGCCUGUCUUUGAAUCUUGGGUGCAUUGCAAGGUUCGCGCCGUGCGGCGCUAACGGGACGUAAUGCCGUCGCGCCCGGAGAGGACGCCGAGGGGUGCGCUCUGCGUCGGACAAUCGGAUGAUAAAACGACGCUACUAUACGAUGAUUUCGGCCAAAGCAAAGACACAAGCAAUUGAAGUCACCCAGCAAGCCAGCCUACCAUUCAUUCCAAUCACGAGUGCUACGUCCGUUAAAAUGCGGCAAUCAGGCCGACUGGCAACCAGGACUUCCGCACGAUCGGCUGGAUUCUCUCGCCUCGCCUCGGCAACACAAGCAGCAAGAAUCCAGCGACAAGCUCCAGCAGCUCCAGCAUUGUUCUCGACCAGCCCGUCUGCUCUGCAACCGUCACGACCCGUCCACCCGGCCUACGCUGCUGCUGGCUACAUCGGCAGAAUGUCGUCGAUGCCCGCUACAAGCGGCCACAGCCGCGCCUGCUGUAAUAUUCCACCUGUCGUGGCCCAAGGAUACGUUGCCAAGGGCAGCUACGAACAGCUGGGAGGUAGCAAGACAUAUGUUACAGGCUCAGACGAGGCAACGCUGGGCAUUGUUUCCAUUUUCGAUAUAUUCGGCUUCGUUGAUCAGACCGUGCAGGGCGCAGACAUUUUGAGCGCAGGCGUUCAGGGCGACAGGUACAAGGUCUUUAUGCCAGACUGGUUUAACGGCAGCCCCUGCCCAACGGAAUGGUAUCCUCCUGAUACGCCGGAGAAGCAACAGAGCUUGGGUGCCUGGUUUGGCGCAAACGAUCCGAAUGCCGUUGCGGCUAAGCUUCCAACCUUCGUCGCCAGCCUGCAGGCUGCCUACCCAAGCAUUACGAAAUGGGGUCUGAUUGGGUACUGCUGGGGCGGCAAAGUGACCGAGCUCGUCACGUCGACAUCCUCCAACCCCUUCGCCGUCGCCGCCGGUGUGCAUCCUGCCAUGAUCAACCCCGACGGCGCAAAGUCCAUUUCCGUCCCGUACCUGCUUCUCGCGUCGGGCGAGGAUCCUGCAACCGACGUCGCCGCCUUCAAGGACGGCCUUUCCGUGCCCCAUCAUGUCGAAACCUUUGCCGACCAGGUCCAUGGCUGGAUGGCGGCGCGCGCCGAUCUCUCCGACCCCAGAGUCAGGGAGGAAUAUGCCCGUGGCUACCAGACCGUUCUUGAGUUUUUUGGCAGGCACAUGUGA